ACGCAUAUGGGCGGAACGUGCAGAACGUUGCAGAUAGAAAUGUAACAUCUAGAACAGUUACAGGCAACAAUGUUCCAAUAAUAAACGCGAUACAUUUCUAUAUUCAGCGUGAAUUUUGUGCACCACUGCUCCUCUUGGCUGACUAUAUGUAUUUCAUAUUGCAACAAGGCCGACCAGAGCAGAGGAUAACCAUUGACGCUUGCGGAUUAUUUGUCUACUUUUCACAUUCUGGAGAAUUUAGAUUAAAUCUGUGUGUUGAUAUCACUAGUUUGUGACCGAGUUUAGUUAAUUCAGCGGUUUAUAUUUCGCUCUACGGUUGAGACGCCGUCGUGUUGUUUUUAUCGAGAUCAAGAACACUGACUGCAUCAUCAUGUUGAAAUCGUUUUAACUGACGCGAAUGUAGAUUACAACUGUCUGGCAUCUAUUCCAUCCACGCUCUGGCUGCCUCUGCGUUCUAUCAAUAGGGAUGCAUCUAUUGAUACUUUAUUCCAUUUGAUAGGUGUUUGUGUGUGAUGGUAGCGUUCGGUGUGUGAGGCCUGUGAGAGGAGACCCACUGCCUCCUCCCCUUCAGGAUGUCUGAACCCCAGACACCAACAUGGCCACAGGGCACAGAGUGUGUGGCCAAAUACAACUUUAAGGGCACCACAGAGCAGGACCUGCCCUUCAACAAAGGAGAUGUCUUAACCAUAAUCGUGGUGACUAAGGACCCGAACUGGUACAAAGCCAAGAACACAGCAGGCCAAGAAGGCACCAUCCCAGCUAACUAUGUCCAGAAGAGGGAAGGGGUGAAGCAAGGGGGCAAACUGAGUCUAAUGCCAUGGUUCCAUGGUAAGAUAACUAGGGAGCAGGCUGAGUGUCUCCUGAUCCCCCCAGAGAUGGGUCUGUACCUUGUGAGGGAGAGCACCAACUACCCUGGGGACUAUACCCUGUGUGUGAGUUGCGACGGCAAGGUGGAGCACUACCGCAUUGUCUACAAGGAGGGAAAGCUCAGCAUCGAUGAGGAGGCGUUCUUCGAGAACCUCAUGCAGCUUGUUGAGCACUAUACCAAAGAUGCAGACGGUCUCUGCACCAAACUGAUCAAGCCGAAGCUGGAGGAGGGUACUGUGGCAGCCCAGGAUGAGUUCUCCAGGAGCGGCUGGGCUCUCAACAGGAAGGAAAUCAAUAUCCACCAGUCCAUUGGGAAAGGAGAGUUUGGAGAUGUGAAGGUGGGAGACUACAGAGGGACCAAAGUAGCGGUGAAGUGUAUCAAACACGAUGCUACAGCACAGGCCUUUAUCGCUGAAGCUUCAGUCAUGACACAACUGAGACACAAUAACCUGGUCCAGUUGCUAGGUGUCAUCGUUGAGGAGAAGGGAAGCCUGUUUAUCGUCACUGAGUACAUGGCCAAGGGCAGUCUAGUGGACUACCUACGCUCCAGAGGUCGGACAGUGCUGGGUGGGGAUUCCCUACUCAAGUUCUCUGUUGACGUGUGUGAGGCCAUGGAGUAUCUGGAGGCCAAUAACUUUGUCCACAGAGACCUGGCAGCCCGUAAUGUUCUGGUGUCAGAUGAUAACAUCGCCAAGGUCAGCGACUUCGGCCUGACCAAGGAGGCCUCCUCUAAUCAGGACACAGCCAAACUGCCCAUCAAGUGGACCUCACCAGAGGCCCUAAGGGAAAAGAAAUUCUCCACCAAGUCAGAUGUGUGGAGCUAUGGGAUCUUGCUGUGGGAGAUCUACUCCUUUGGACGAGUGCCUUACCCCAGAAUUCCUCUAAAGGACGUGGUACCACGUGUGGAGAAGGGCUACAAGAUGGAUGCCCCAGACGGUUGUCCUGAGGUGGUGUAUGAAGUCAUGAAGCAGUGCUGGACCCUAGACCCCCUGGUGCGGCCAUGCUUUAGAGUCCUCAGGGAGAAACUGCAGCAUAUCCUAGCCAAGGAGCUCUACCUGUGAUGGAAUAGGAAGAGGAGGUGAAAGGGGAAGUGGACAAGGAUGGCUCUCCUUUCAUUGAGGGAGAAAUAGGACGGACAAGGAUUGCUCUUCUUUCAUGAUGGGACCAAAGCCUGACAUUAUCAAGACCUCAGAGAUCCUCGUCCCUCUCUUAUAAAAAAGUUUUUGAUUGACAUUAGAUUGUGUUAAAGUUUACUUAUUUUAUAAUUUCUCAUUCUGUUGAAAUGUUGUUGCCACGUUGGCAUUUCCACCUUUUUUUACCCCCCCCUCAGGGUUGCCUGUAUGUCUGUUCUACAGUACAUUAGUGGUUGUAUUUUAUAUUUUUUGACCUUUAUUUAACUAGGCAAGUCAGUUAAGAACAAAUUCUUAUUUUCAAUGACGGCCUAGGAACAGUGGGUUAACUGCCUUUUCAGGGGCAGAACGACAGGUUUGUCAGCUCGGGGGUUUAAACUUGCAACCUACCGGUUACUAGUCCAACGCUCUAACCACUAGGCUACUAGGUCUGGCCGACUACAGUGCAUACUCCAGUGUCAAACAAACCCACCCGGGACUGUUGUGAGGUACUAUACCCCUUUCACAAAAUCGUACCGACCAUAACCAUACCGUGCUGGCUCUGAUAUUUUCUUUUCACAUGGUCCUUUUCAGCACAGUUACAGGAAAGAUGACGGAUACGUGGCCUGGCCGGUGCAGUUUGGCUUGGCUAGUGUGAAUCAACCCCAAGACAGGCAAUACACUUCCCAUGUCCCUGCUCUCCACCCAUACAGUGUAAGAUUGUUACCCCAGUUAAAUACGAUCUGUGCCAAAUGCCUCCAGAACACAGGGCUAUCCCCACAAAUACUUCACUCCUCCUCUACACGCUUGCCUUUUUUUGGUGUUUUUUUUGUUUGUUUCUUUUAUGUUUUAUGCAUUUGUUUGUUUUUGUUACACAUCCUCCUCUCUUAUUGCCACAAGUGUUCAUCUCACAUUUAUCAAACUGGAAAGCAGAAUAAAUCCUCCACUAAAAAGUUACUGAAUUCAACAUUUCAGGACGACGUGUAACAUGACAGAGAGAUUGAGAUUGCAUGGAAGAAGCCAUUAUGGAGAGAUAAACUAAGGGCAAGUGUAUAGAAAUAAUUAAAAUGUAACAUGUACAUGUGAAAACAGUUCAGAAAUGAAAGCUGAAGGGAACCAUGCAUGUGGAACGAGAAGCCUUUUUUGUACCCUUUAAAGUUGUUUUUACUUUGCUGCCGUUAUGAUUAAAUCAUUCCACUUGAAAAAGUUUUGAAAAAGUU